AUGGAACACUUGUCAAUAGAUGACAUACAAGCAGUACAAUAUAAAGAAACUAAAUUAGGAAAAACCAACUUUAAGAAAUGUACUAUCUGUUCAAAAGAAAAUUGGAAAAGACAUAUGACAAACAACUAUACUAACAAUUACUUUUGUGACAAAGAAGAAAAAGUAGCAUUUGAAAUAUUUUAUUGUUAUAGAUACUCUACAAAAACAGUAGUAACAAAGAGAAUUCAAGAAUAUACUAGAACUAUAUAUAAUAACGAAACAAUGAAUGAAUUGAAAAUACUAAGACUCUACGAAUUUCUCAAGAACCACCCUCAAGAAGAAUGGACCACUCCCGAAAACCAAGAAAUAAUAAGACAAAUGAAAAUUAACUCCAUCACCGAUAAGUACAAUUACCAAAAUUAUGAUGAUAUAGAAGAAUACUACAGAGAAGAAACUCUUUAUUCAGAAGAUGAAAGUACAUAUGAAGUAAUGGAGACAUUUUUAAAUCAAGCUCUCGAAGCCUCAUUUCAAGACGAACAAAGGAAGAAGGAUUAUCCUAUAGAUGCAACUAGGACUAAUGCUAUAAUGAUAACAGAAAAACGAGGAUUAACUCAAUUAUGUUCAGAAU